AACCAAGCUAAUUUCCAAGUAUAAAUAAUCGUAUUUGUUUUUUUUUUUUUUUGUAAAUGGGUUAUUCAAUUUGGAAUAAAAUGCCGCUGAUCGCAACGUUUGUUGACAAAACUACAACAUCGCCAUCGACUACCAAAAAGAGGGGACACCCGCGGCAUAAAUCUACAAUGUGGACACGAGAAAAGAUUUUUAAGCUAAUAGAACUGUAUAGAAAAUCUGAUUGCUUGUGGAACCAUUACUCAAAACUAUAUAAAAACAAAGAGUGCCGCACUAAAGCCAUUGAACAUAUAUGCUCAUCUCUCAAUAUUACAAAAAAUGACUAUGGAAAAAAAGUACACAACCUACGUAACCAAUUCAACUCAGAGCUUAAAAAGUUUGAGCGUCGUCUGGAGGAGUCGGGUGGCGAAAAGAAUGUCUCAACCAAAUCAUGCCGAUGGGAACAUUUUGAAACGUUAAUGUUCCUGAGGCCAAUAAUAGAACCACGGCCAGGAUAUCAAGCACAGUGCAAGAAAAUGGUAGCAAAUUUCGAAACGGAAGCAAUUGUAGAGUCUAAUGCUUCAGCUAUAAAUCGACAAGUGGAAGAAACUGCCCGGCUGCAAGCACUGCGUACAGAAGAUGCAAGUACUGAAGCUAUUCAAAGCUACUCAGAUUCUACACUGAGCCAACAUAUAACGGAGACGCGCCUGUGUCCUAACGAAAAUUCAAAAUUCGUGCCUGCCAGUAUCAAUCGUGACCAAUGGGAUGCUUUUGGCGAAAUGAUAGCUAACGAGUUUCGUAAUUUAAAUUCUGCUGUAUCUAGAAAAAAAUUGAAGCGCAAAAUAAUGCAAGUGGUGUUAGAAAUUGGCGAAGAAGAUGAUGUAGAAUAUACAACUGUUAAUUGAUAUUUGAAUUUGGUUAAGAGUUGUAAAUUUUAAAUAUGUA